UGGAAAAACAUACUUUUCACUUCCGAGUCGGAAUCGGUUCCUCUUCUGAUUUUUGUUUUUUUUUUAAACCUCCUCUGCAAGUCUUUGUGCAAGUUUUGGACCCAGCAACGUCGACGCCGCAGCGUUUGGCUGCCGAACAUCAGGCCAUGGGGCUUAACUGGACCGCCAGCCGAGGCCGCGGGGCGACGGGCGCGCUUCGGCGCCGCUUGCUGCCGCUGCUGGUGGUGAGCUUGUCGGCGUGCGUGUGCGUGUGCCGAGCAUCCUCGUCGCCUCGGCAGCAGCAGCAGCAAGAGGAGGAGGAGGAGGACAGUGCCAUGGAGAACAUCGUCACGGAGAAGAAGGCUGAGGAGAGCCACCGGCAGGACAGCGCUGACCUGCUCAUCUUCAUCCUGCUCCUCACCCUUACCAUCCUUACGAUCUGGCUCUUCAAACACCGCCGGUUCCGCUUCUUGCACGAAACUGGACUAGCGAUGAUUUACGGUUUACUGGUGGGCGUGGUGCUGCGCUACGGCAUCCACGUCCCGCGCGACGUCAGCAACGUGACGCUGAGCUGCCACGUCAACGCCAGCCCCGCCACACUGCUCGUCCAAUCCCGCGGCAAGUUCUACGAGUACACGCUGAAGGGUGAGAUCAGCGCCAGUGAGGUGGACGACGUGCAGGACAACGAGAUGCUGCGCAAGGUGACGUUCGACCCCGAAGUCUUCUUUAACAUCCUCCUGCCGCCCAUCAUCUUCCACGCUGGGUACAGCCUGAAACGGAGACACUUUUUCCGGAAUAUGGGCUCCAUCCUGGCCUAUGCCUUUUUGGGGACAGUGGUUUCCUGUUUUGUCAUCGGUUUGUUGAUGUAUGGCUGUGUGACGCUGAUGAAGCAGAUGGGCCAACUCGGUGGAGAAUUCUUCUUCACGGACUGUCUGUUCUUCGGCGCCAUCGUGUCCGCCACCGACCCCGUGACGGUGCUGGCCAUCUUCAACGAGCUGCAGGUGGACGUGGACUUGUAUGCGCUGCUGUUCGGCGAGAGCGUGCUCAACGACGCCGUGGCCGUUGUUCUCUCCUCGUCCAUUGUGGCCUACCAGCCAGAGGGCGACAACAGCCACACUUUCGAGGUCGUGGCCCUGUUCAAGUCCUUCGGCAUGUUCCUCGGCAUUUUCAGCGGCUCCUUCGCUCUCGGCGUGGCCACUGGCAUCGUCACAGCGCUCGUGACCAAGUUCACUAAGUUGAGAGAUUUCCAGCUGCUGGAGACGGCCUUGUUCUUCCUCAUGUCAUGGAGCACCUUCCUAUUGGCUGAGGCGUGUGGCUUUACAGGUGUGGUGGCGGUGUUGUUCUGUGGAAUCACUCAGGCGCACUACACCUUCAACAACCUGUCUCCCGAGUCCCAGGACCGGACCAAGCAGCUGUUUGAGUUAUUGAACUUCCUGGCGGAGAACUUCAUCUUCUCCUACAUGGGUCUGACCCUCUUCACCUUCCAGAACCACAUCUUUAACCCCAUGUUCAUCGUCGGGGCAUUUCUGGCAGUAUUCCUGGGCCGAGCGGCCAACAUCUACCCCCUGUCCUUCCUCCUCAAUCUGGGCCGACACAACAAAAUACGAUCCAACUUCCAGCACAUGAUGAUGUUUGCGGGACUGCGGGGCGCCAUGACGUUCGCCCUGUCCAUUCGAGACACGGCCACGUACGCGCGGCAGAUGAUGUUCUCCACCACGCUGCUCGUGGUCUUCUUCACCGUGUGGUUCUUCGGCGGCGGCACUACGCAGAUGUUGUCGUGCCAGCGCAUACGGGUGGGAGUGGACUCUGAUCAAGACAACUCUAUGAGCGUCGGCGAAGGUCCCGAGCGACAAAGCACCAAACAGGAAAGCGCCUGGCUUUUCCGAAUCUGGUACAACUUUGACCACAACUACCUGAAGCCCAUCCUGACCCACAGCGGCCCUCCGCUCACAGCCACGCUGCCCGCCUGCUGCGGCCCCCUGGCUCGCUUCCUCACCAGCCCGCAGGCCUUCGAGAACGAAUGUCAGAUCAAGGACGACGACUCCGACCUCAUCCUGACCGACGGCGACGUCAACCUCAACUACGGCGACAUCACCGUCAGCACCGACGGCACGCGCACCCACGCGGCCGCGGUCGCCGACGACCCCGACCGGGAGCUGGCGUACGGCGAUCACGAGCUUGUGAUGAGGGGCACGCGCCUGGUGCUGCCCAUGGACGACUCAGAGCCGCCCUUCACAGACCCUCGCUGCCGCUUGUGAGGGCGCCGUGGCCCGCUUCCAUCUCGCUUGUCCCGCUACCUCAUCACGCCGCCAUCACUGUAAUGUCGUCCCAUUGAUUUGCCACUUUCAGUUCUGAGGGUCACCUCGUUGUAGCAUCGCACAGCAUGUGUUCUGUGUGGCGAGCCGUUUGAGUUUUACUAGUGUGCUGAAUUGUGCAUGAACUAGUACGCUUUUUGUCUUCACCGGUAAGACAAUUCAGUACACUAGUAGAACGACUGUCUAACUCGUGUCGCGGUUUGGUAUGCACAAAUACGCAGAUUUUUUUAUUUUUAUUUUUUAAUUUUUUUUUGGGGGGGGGCGGGUAAGCUAUCGUUUUGUUAUUUUGCGCUCAGGCCAAAGCCAUGUCUAAUGUAAAAAUAUGUCUGUGGUGCCAUCCUAGGGGCCAAGGAACAGUGUUGAAGUGAGGGGAGGGGCUUCAUUGACUUUAUCGCCAUCUCUUAAAAACUUAUGGAUGGCCGUCAGUUACUCGCAGAUUUUCACGAUUCGCGCCAGGGCCCGGUCCCGUUCCGCCGUGAAUAAGCAUACGAGUAGAUGGGCAAUUCAGUGCACUAGUAGGAUAUUGACUUAAAUGCUCAAACGGCUUGCCAUAGUUCUGACACUAUAGCAGCACCACUGUAACGUUGACGUGCAUUCUGACAAUUUUUCUCGGCUUGUUCUUUGGAGAUAGAUGGCGUUUAGUCGCGUUUGGGUUCUUCCGCCCGGAAUGUCGCCACUCGGCAGCACGUGCGCCGUCAAUCAAGUGCCUGGGAAGUGUAGUUUUCAAAGUGGUUGUAGUAUCGAGGGUCUGCCAGGAGGGGGCGUGAGGUAGCAUUUUGCUCAGCAUUCAGGGCCUUGACAUUGCCAGUGCGCAAAUUGGAUCCGAGCCGCUGACUGUGAACACUGUGCACGUGUGUGUGUUGGGGAGCGUUUUGACUGCGUUUGACAACCUUUUUCCAUUUCCUUCACUUAUCUCAGCUUUGUGCUGCUGCUUUUAUAUGCGCAAACCUCCACAGAGGUAAACAAUCCUAAUUUGUUUCUGUUUAGAAUUGCCCGCAGAUGCCGCAAGACAGCGGCAAGUCACUACUUUUGUCCAAGUGGAGCUCCUUUGAUUCACUUCAACAUAGUUCCUUGGCACCAAGCUGGUGGAAAAGUACCACUUUUGUCCAAAUGAAGCUCCUUUACUCACUUCAACAAAGUCUCUGGGCACGAAGAAACCACAAAAUGAUGAAAAAAAUUAAUAAUAAUUGUCAAAUAGAAGAAUCUGCGAAUCUCGAAUAGGGAGGGGAACAUUGUAGUUCCAUUUAUUAAAAAAAUAAUAAUAAUAAAUUUAAAAAAAAAAUGAAACUCAGAUAUUAUAGCAGUGUUUCCCAACCUUUACUGAGCCGAAGGCAUUUAUUAUUUUCGAAAAAUCUCACGUCACCAAACCAAAAAAAAAAAAAGUUAAAUCAUAAAAAGUAUCCAUACUGAAAUAAUGAGUGUUGCAUUUUGUUAUUCACAUAGAUGAAUAAUAAUAGCCAUCUGUUUCUUUAGUGCUUAUUUCUCGCUAGGGUAAGCAGGAGCGUAGCCCAGCUGACUUUGGGAGAGAGGCAGGUUACACACCCUAGACUGGUUGCCAGCCAAUCACAGGGCAGAUGAUUAUUAAUAAGUUAAUUUGCGCAAAUAUGUUAUUUCAAAAGUGUGUAUGCAAGUGGUAGCCCGUUCGCAUUGAUCAGUACUCAAGAAGUAGGUCUUAGUUUGGAAAAGUUUGGUGACCCCUGAUGUAAAUGACAUACAGAUGUGCCGCACUGGAGCUGAACACAAAAGGCCUUCAGUGGUUAUUUGUGAGCAGCAGCUGUCUAGCGCGGGCUGUUCUAACAGGAAGCGUUGAUAGGACGUCGCCAGGGCGACCGCCAUGUUGUCGUGGAGCCCAGUCAGAAAACAUGGUGCGCACCAGCCGCACUGUGUAUGUGUGUGUUGGCAAUGAUAUGGAGGUGGAAGGAAGGAAGAGGAUGGCCUUCCACUGUUAUCUUCUGCUGUGCAGGAACUCGAAAAUCAUUAGUUUUGUUGUUGUUUUGUUUCUAUUUUAUGGUCCCAAUGCUUCUCAACAACAUCCCCAGAAUAUAUAUAUUUUUUAAUUUUCUGACAUUCAUACUUUUAUUUUUUGUGUGUGUGUUCUCUGUCAUUGUUAUUUUGUUGCAGAAAGGACAUUAAGACCAAGAAAGAAACCUUAUAUUUGCACUCAUUUAUCUGUCACUUUGAUUGAUGUGUUAAAAGGUUGUGUGCAUGUGCAUGUACGUGUGUGUGGGUGAAGUGGGCGGUUGCCCUGAAUCAAAAAAGAAAGAAAAAAAAAAUGUCUGAAAUCUAAAUGUAAUGAAUGAUCAGUUAAGCUUGUCUAAUUGAUGUCAAAUAAAUAAAUUGUACAUUG